GAGAAAAAUUUCCAAUCAUAAAAUUGAAAUUUUCAAACCCUAACAUCAGCGUGACAUUUUCUCGUGCCGUCUCUCUGGGCUUUCCAGGCAAAGCAUUUUUCCGCAUUUUAUUCCUUUUAUCUACUGGCAGUGUGAAGAAUGUCCGGACGAGAAGGUGGCAAAAAGAAGCCCCUGAAGGCACCCAAGAAGGACUCCAAAGAGCUCGAUGAAGAUGAUCUGGCACUCAAGCAGAAGCAAAAGGAACAGCAGAAAGCCCUGGAAGCCAUGAAAGCUAAAGCUGGUCAGAAGGGUCCCCUAACGGGUGGUGGAAUCAAAAAAUCUGGGAAAAAGUAGCCGCCACCCAGCAUGGGGCUCCAAUCUUCAGCUCAGGUGUGACCAAUUCUUCAUCUCCUCAAAGACUAACUUUUUCUGCUCUAAUAAAUAAAUCAGAUUUUACAUUAAUCCAUAAAAA